GCCUGAACCAUGCGCCUGUGUUUAAAGGCGGCUUCGCACUUGUAUCGCAAAUCGUCUUCGGGCUUUUAGUUGAAUCCGUUUUCGCCGUGCCUUCUAUCAACAACUGAGAGACACCUUCAUCUUUAUUCUUAAACUGCCUUGAGGGAAUGUCCGCCUGGGUGCCGCCACCGGGCACCUGGGCGGUCCAACCUUGCGAUGUCGCCUUGCUAGGAAACGCCGAGGAGCCGAACGCCUCUUUAUUCUCCAAGUGUUCGCCACUUCUAGCGUUGCCGCAAGCUGCGGCAAGCAAAGAACCCAAUCGGUUGCUUCAACUUGACUUAUAUCAUGCGCACACGCUAGUGUCAGUUCCCUCAACACAAGGUCUUUCAGGCUCCCGUACUCCACCUUCGCAAGAAAGAAACAGCUCGCGUUACACCGUUGAUGUGGUGGCAUUCGCGGGCGGACCGGUGUGGUGCGCGGACUUCUGCCCGCCCCCGCGAGGAGUUCCCCCAAUCUCCUUAGUAUCGGCAACAGCGCCAGCUGUCUCUGCGGCAACUGCGGCAGAGGCGUUUGCGGCAGAUGACAGUGGGUCCAAAGCGGGCAAUGCCGAUGAGGAGUAUGUUGCAGUUGGAGUGCAUCCGCCUGACAGCGCUACCAACCUGACCAACACGGCUCUUAACGGGCCGGGAGCGGUGACGCUUUGGGCGCUGCCGCACGGGGCCGCCUCAGCAGCAUGUCCCAAGGGCCUACCCCGCUGCGUACUCGUCCUCGCGCACAACGGUCGAGUGGCGUGGGAUGUGCGCUGGUGCCCCAGCCCCGGCUGCAUCUGGCCGCAACAGCAGCAGCAGCUCGACCCUAGCACCCAUACCCAUACCCGCAGCAGCGGCGGUAGGAGCAGUGGCCACAGUAACAACCGCGACGCAGCUGCUGGACCGGAGGGCGGUAGUGACCAAGGUAAUGCAGCAGCGGCAGCAGCAACUGCUCCCAUCAGUCUUCCGGUGCUGGGGCUGCUGGCGAUGGUGCUGGGGGACGGCUCGGUGGUGGUGUCGGCGGUGCCGGACCCGGCGGCCCUCCGCACGCAGGCGGCUCAGCGCACCCACGCCAGCGGUGCGGCCGGCAGCGGAGGCGCUGCUGCUGCUGGUGCGGGUGGCAGCGGCCAGCAGCCCUGUGCAGCCGCUCGCGAGGAGGAGGAGGGCAGAGACGACCAUGGAGCGCCCAUGGAGGGUACGGGAAAGGAGGGCGCAGCGGAGGGAUCGCCGGCAUCGCCACCCGGGACGCCGCCGCCACCGCUGCUGCACGGCACUGCUCCGGGCCCCCCUCCGCCUGUCGUACAGCUGCUGCGCCCUGCGGAGGUGCUGACGCGGGAGCGGUUGGGCGGGUCGCUGGCGUCCUGCUGCGACUGGCACACGCCUGACCCGCGGGUCGGUCCUCCGCAGCUGCUUGUGGGGUGCUGGGACGGAAGCGUGGCGCUGUGGAGGCUACCGCGCGGAGUGGCUGCUGGGGGUGGAGGUGGUGGUGGAGGUGGUGCGGCAGCUGGGCUGGAGCGCACACAGCUGCUCUUCCACAUCCCGGCCGACGUGCUGCCGCUGCAGCGGGUGCUGUCCAACCCCGUGUGGGACACGGACUUUCCCGAGGAGCAGGAGGAGGAGGAGGAGCGGCAGGGCGGGGCAGUGGAGGUGAAGGAGGAGCAGGGGCAGCAACAGCAGCAGGGGCGAGGGCGGCAGUCCCAGCAGCAGCCGCAGCAGCAGUCACAGUCGCAUGGAGGCGCAGGAGGAGGAGGUGAAAGAGGCGGUAGCAAGGCGGCGCAGUCUGCAGCUGCCGCGGUGGGCUGCGGUCUGGGCGGGCGGUCGGGAGCGGCAGGUGGACCCGCGGGUCACUUGUUUGUCACGGCGGGUUACACGGGGCGCAUCAAGCUGUGGGAUGACAGGGACGUGUCCGCCCCCCUCCUGGACCGCAUCCUGCACCGCUCUUACGCGCACGACGCCGCCUGGUGCCGCCGGCCCGCCGCUCUGGCCCUGGCGCAGGACGAUGGGGGGCUGCGGGCGGCGCUGCUGGAUGCGGCGGCGUGCCUGACUGGGGACGACGGCAGCGCGGUGGGGGGCGUGGCGUUCAAAGAGGCUCGCAUCGGCUGCCUGUGGUCGGUGUGCUACAGCCCGGCGCUGCACCUGCUGCUGUACGGCGGGGAGGACGGAGUGGGUGCGGCCAUGGCGUGGGAGGCGCAGGCGGACAUGCGGUACCGCCGGCCGCACGUGCCGCUGGGGGGGCUGGUCAGGGACGGCCCCCACCUGCGGCUGCUGCUUCCCUCCGAGGUUGGCGGCCUGCAGCUGUUCUACCCGGGGGGCCUGCACUGGCGGGCCAGGGAGGCACACGUGCAGCAGCACCGCCCGUACAACGUCAUACCGGAUGUACGGCAGCAGCUGUACGUUAUCAGGGCCGGGUACGGCACACCCGCCGAUGUACGGCAGCGGCGACAGCAGUGGCUGGGCGUGAUGGAGCAGCGGCAACAGCGGCAGCAGCAGGGGAGGGACAGGAGGA